UCGCCGUUCCAAACUCGUAUAUAGUCAGCUGACACGAUUAUCCCAAACCACUGAGUGGGUGAAUGGCUGGACGAGUGUUCGGGUGAGUGCCACCUGCUUCACUACAUCCAGCCACCCAGGGAUUGCUCCAACCUCCUACAGGGGGUGAGGGUUGCUGCUUUCCCCGUGUGGGGCGGUCGCGCAUGACCGUAGUAGCAGGAUUAUGGCGGCCGAAAUCGAGCCGCCGCGAGCGCAGGUUCGGAAGCCGUGUUUGCUGAGCAAGAUCGACGCCUGCGGGGACGUGGUGAGCGCCGCGGUCAUCAUCCCAAAGGAAGACGGGGUCAUCAGCGUGUCCGAAGACAGGACAAUUCGGGUUUGGAUGAAGCGGGACAGUGGCCAAUACUGGCCCAGUGUCUACCACACUAUGCCCUCCUCAUGCUCCUGCAUGACCUUCAAUCCAGAGACCAGACGUCUGUUGGUGGGCAUGGACAUUGGUACUGUCUGCGAGUUCAUCUUGUCUGAGGAUUACAAUAAGAUGACUCCCACGCACACCUACCAGGCACACCAGGGCAGAGUGACUGUGGUGUUGUUUGUUCUGGAGAUGGAGUGGCUGCUGAGCACUGGCCAGGACAAGACCUUCCUCUGGCAUUGCUCGGAGAGUGGACAGCAGCUGGGAUCAUACCACACCCCAGCCUGGGUGUCUGGACUGCAAUUCGAUGUUGAGACUCGACACGCCUUUGUCGGCGAUCAGUCGGGUCAGGUGACCAUCCUGAAGGUGGAGCAGGACAGCUGCAGCCUGGUGACCACUUUCAAGGGACACACUGGUAACGUGACUGCACUGUGCUGGGACCCCGUCCAGAGGGUUCUGUUCUCGGGCAGCUCGGACCACUCCAUUAUUAUGUGGGAUAUAGGCGGGCGCAAAGGCACCGCCAUCGAACUGCAAGGACACAACCGACAAGUGCAGGGCUUGUGUUAUGCCUCCCACACUCGCCAGCUCAUCUCGUGUAGUUCUGAUGGCAGCAUCGUCAUCUGGAACAUGGACGUGACACGACAAGAGACCCCAGAAUGGCUUGACAGUGACUCGUGUCAAAAGUGUGAACAGCCUUUUUUCUGGAACUUCAAACAGAUGUGGGACAGCAAGAAGAUCGGGCUGCGGCAGCAUCACUGCAGGAAAUGUGGCCAGGCUCUUUGCGGCAAGUGCUCGUCUAAGCGCUCCACCAUUCCACUCAUGGGCUUUGAGUUUGAGGUGCGCGUGUGCGACGGCUGCUACGCCUCCAUCACAGACGAAGAUCGCGCUCCCACGGCGACCUUUCAUGACAGCAAACAUGCCAUUGUGUACUUGCACUACGAGCCUACCACCGGAUGCCUGCUCACCUCUGGCACCGACAAGGUGGUCAAGCUUUGGGACAUGACGCCCGUGGUAUCAUGACGUUGCUCCUACAGCCAGGAAAAGGUUGGCACGCCAACGGCAGGAUGGCAGCCAUCAGCCUCAAACAGGACGUGAUGGGAGUUGGAGGCCAUUUUUGAUGGUCACUAUUAAUGGGUGCACGUUUGUAAGAUCCACACAACAGUUGUGUACAGUUUAUUUAUUAUUCAAGUGGUGUGUAAAUGUAAUGGCAUAAAACACACACUCAUGAAUCAGCAGCAGGUCUAAUCUGAUGUCAAUUUUACUGUUUGAUUGUGUUGAAACUGUAUGUUAGUUCACUGGAAUACUGUCCAAAGAUGGGAAAAUAUAUUUAUUUUAAUUUUCAGUACAUGUUUUUCAAAAUCAAAAGUCUUCUUGAAAUGACUCACAAGGAAGAUAGAAUCUGCAUUCCACAAACUCAAGUUAAUUUCCCUCGCUAAAACUUUGUGAAGGGGGCCGAAAUAAAGUUGUGGAAACUUUUUCGUUCUUGGUACUUUGCAGUUCCAAAAAUGUAAAUGUUUCAGUAGCUGUAGAGGCCCUCAAAAAGGCUCCGAGGUGUGUUGAAAGUACUACCAUCUUCCUAGUUUAUUCCUAGCAGGGAAAAACUGAAAUUCUUACAAACUCGACAGCUUCUAUCUUGCUUAUACUAAAACACAAAGUAGCCUUCUGGAAAAGCAAAAACAUAAGUACGGUAACCAUGGUUUAAAAACUACAAGACAAAUAUAUUUCCUGACCUGAAUUUCUAAUGAUCUCCCAGAACGAAAUUCUUCAAAUGUUCCUAGUUCUGCAAUUAAGUUUCCUGCUAUUGUAAUGCUCUUCAAGCAACUAGCUGUUGAAGUACUAAGCAGCAGUGAUGGGGUAGCCAAAGUAAGGAAGUUGGUUGAUGGGCCUGUCAAAGUACUUACCAUGCCCCCCUAAAUCCCUCAGAGGGAAAUUUAUUUUUUUUGGCAUCCCAAAUUGAUGACAUAGAAUUAAAGAGUUAUAAGUAAAGUGGAAGGGCACCAAAACAAAGGGACACUGUGGUGUGUUGAUUGGUUGGAAUGAGCUGCUAUCAUUUCAUGUAAGUCUCAAUAUGUGAAUGUAAAACUCAACAUUAUGAGAUGGGACAUUCAUAAGAGGUUGACAGAAAAUUUACAAAAUAAAAUUUUAAACGUGA